ACUAAAUUACGCCGGCUCCUCACUCCCACCAAUCAACUACGUGAUGCGUCACUGUGUCACGUGUAGUCGUGACGCCAGUCUCGCGAGAUGAGGCUUGUGGCGGGAUUUUCUGUAAUACAGGAGGCUAGGAGCCUGCAGUGAUCAGUUUUGCGGGAGAUACCUUUGUUUUACCUGUGAACAGCUGCAAUGGAUGACAGUGAAGACAACACCACCGUCAUUUCCACAUUACGGUCAUUUAAUAAAUUUCUUUCUCAGCCGUUGGAAGGGACGGCACCUUCUCUUGGUACUUCAACAUCUACUGGGGCUUCCCUUCAGAUGCAGUUUCAGCAGCGCUUCCUGCUGGAAGACCAAGCAGCGCAGAUUCGUUCAAAGUCAAAUCUUAUUCAGGUUGAACGCGAAAAGAUGCAGAUGGAACUAAGCCACAAACGGGCCCGUAUUGAGCUUGAGAAAGCAGCCAGCACCAAUGCCAAGAAUUACGAGCGAGAAGCAGACAGGAACCAGGGGCUCCACACCCGCAUCAAAGCUCUAGAGGAAAAGGAAAAUGAGUUUCAGAACAAACUUCAGGAGCAGAAUGAAAUGAUUAAAUCCUAUAAGAAAACCAUAGAGGCUCAAAGCAAGAAGCUGCUGGAGAAAGAGGACAAACUGUCUGAAUCUAAUGAGAACAUCAGUGUGUUAAAAGGAAAAGCAUCUGAGCUUCAGUGGAAGAUAAUGAACCAAGAAAUGCAAAUAAAGACCCAAGAGACUGAGAAGCAGGAGUUGACAGAGCAGCUGGAAAUCCAUCGCAAAAAGCUGCAAGAAAGCAAUGAGAAGAUGCAGGCACUGCAUGAGCUUCAGGCACAGAAUGCUGAUAAUGAACAGAAAAUUAAGAGUCUGGAGCAGAAACUGUCAGCCCAGGAACAGGAUGCUGCCAUUGUGAAGAGCAUGAAAUCUGAUUUGACCAAACUGCCGAAACUGGAAAGAGAAUUACAGCAGCUCAGAGACGAGAAUGCCUAUCAUAGAGAAAUGAAAGAAAACAAUGCAUUGCUUAAAGAGGAAGUAGAGGGUCUGCGCCGAGCUGCAGAACGCUUUAAUAAAAUGAAAGAAGACCUGGUGGGAUCGGAAAUUGAGAAAGAACAACUGGUAAAGAAGCUGAAACUUUGGGAGAACCUUGAGCAUACAACUGGAUUAAACAUAAGAACUCCAGAUGAUUUUUCCAGACAAAUCAUGGCAGUGCAGCAGAGAGAGCUGAAGCUGAAAGAAGAGAACAUGACAAUUCAUAACAGUGCAAGAAUGCUGGAAACAUCACGGCAGCAGCUUCAAGAAGAACUUUUAAAAGUCCAAAGUGGUUUCCUGGAAGAAAAGAAACGAAGGGAGCAUCAGGAGGCUCUGGUGCGGCGUCUGCAAAAGAGGGUCCUUCUGCUGACUAAGGAACGGGACGGAAUGAGAGCCAUUUUGGAUUCCUAUGAUAGUGAGUUGACCCCAACAGAACAUUCUCCCCAACUGAGCCGCCGCUUGAAGGAAGCAGAAGAUAUUCUACAGAAGGUUCAGGACCACAAUGCUGAAAUGGAGACACAGUUGUCAGAGGCUCUGGAAGAUGCAGGCAUUCAAAAGCAGAAGUCUGAACUUUUAACAGCAGAGCUGAAAGUCUUGAAGUCUCAGAUGGGCUCAUCAGAUCAAACCAUGUCUUUUACAAACGAGGCAAUGAGCGCUCUCAGAUUGAAAAUAGAGGAGCUUGAAGCUGAACGUGGUAGAUUAGAGGAAGAGAACAAAAUAUUAGAAAUGAGGCUGGAAAGCUUGAACCUUCAGGGAUGCUACGACCCAAGCAGAACAAAAGUCAUCCACCUGAGUCUGAACCCCGCGAGUAAAGCCAAGCAGCAACGCACGGACACGGUGCGGCACCUACAGGAAGAAUGUGAUAAGCUGCGAGAAAUUGUACGAAUUCUAGAGGGGGGAGCCCAAAUCCCAGAUAAACUGGAGGCCACUGGAAGUCCGCAGUCUUCACAGGAACUGGCAGGAUUACCUAAUGACACACACUACUUAAAAAGUACAGAACUGAAGAAGCAGGUGGAGAGCGCUGAACUGAAAAACCAACGUCUUCGGGAGGUCUUUCAGACGAAAAUCCACGAGUUCCGUACCGCGUGCUACAUGCUGACAGGGUAUCGCAUUGAUAUCACCACUGAGAAUCAGUACCGCCUUACUUCCAUGUAUGGGGAACAUAAAGAAGAUAACUUGCUGUUCAAGGCACAGCUUCCACAAAAGCAUUGCAAUCAGCAAACUUCUACAUCUGGCGCUGUCUUGCUAUGGAUUAGCAGAUCCCACGUAUCCAUAAUUUGGGUAAUUCAGAAGUCAUCCGUAAGUGUUUUGGGAUGAAAACAGCGCAGAUGGAGCAAGACUACUUGAAUGUUUUCUUGCGCACACAGUGCAGAUGUUUCAGUUCAGCCUGUUCUAUCUGUAUAUGGGUUAAAAGAUAAAACACUUUAAACAUUAAAAUAGUGAGGACAUUAGAAGGGUAUUAGCUUUGCUAGAGCAAGAAUAGGCCUGUGUAUCCUUAGGUUCUUACAGUUGGACAUAAGAAAGUGGAAAAUGUAUGCAUUAAUGCUCUAUAUAUUUAAGGUUGUUACAUAUCCCAUGGCAUAUUCUGCAUGAACGCUAGAAAUCACAUUGCCUUUGUAGUUUACUAUUCUAAAGUUCACAUUUCGUUUACCAAUGUAGAUUGUUGCCAUCCUAUUAGCAGUAGUGAAAGGUACAUGUCACCUUACAGUUUAAUCACUUAAAUUAGCUAUAUUGUGAUUUAUAGCUUGCCUCUGAGAGGAAAGCACAUCGCUUCAUCUCACCUGGAACCUCUUCUAACUGUGUGCUUUACUCGCUGACAUUUGCAGGAAAUAGUAAGUGAAAGCAUUUUCCCCUUGUAGCCUUUUGAUUUUUUUCAGGAUGAUCUUUUGAGAAGACUAAGGCACAAUUUAUUUUCCCUAAGUAAUGCUUGUUUUUGUAUUGCUCAAGCUUACCUGUAUUUCCAGUUCAGCAGGCCGGUAACUAUUGUAGAUAGGCAGAUGUGAACUUUAUUGUGCUGUCUAUAUUGUUUUGUUUUUGGGAAAUACCAAUGGAAAGAAGCUGUUGCCAAGAGCUAGCAAGUAAGUUUUUGGCAACAGAGCUUUUUUUAUUUUACAUUAUUUCAGCAACGCACAAUAAGAAGCUUAUGUCGGGGUCCUACAUUCGAUUCCAGUUUAGGCUCUAUAGGCAAGGCAUCUAUCCUUCCUUACUCAAACACAUACAUGUAGGUUCAUUAAUUCUUAUAAAAUUGACCACAGUGUGUUGGACUCGGACUGUAAGCUCCAGUAGGGUAGGGACUGAUGGAAAUGAUAUACAGUAUAAUCUCUAUAAAGCAGUGCGGAAUAAAUUGGUUUUCUAUAAAUAAAGAAUAACAAUGAAGUGCAUCUCCUCCUUUUUUUGCAGACCUUCUUUAGCUUGCUUCGCUAAUAAUAGGAUAAAUGUUCCCCAUACUUCAGACAUGCAAACUGAUACUCGGGAUUGCUGUGUAUGGCUCUUAUUGUUCUAAAUAAUUGCAGCACAGGCAUGGGGUCUAGUAUAAGGAAACCUGUUAUCCAAUAUUUGAGGUGUGAAAUACUGUAACAGAAAUACUAUUUUGCAUAGUUUCAAGGGAAUAAUUACCUUUAGUACUGUUUUGAAAACUAGGGGGAUAUUGUGAUUUAAAUGAUUUGCAAUUUAGUUUAAAAAAAAAAAAAAAAAAAGAUUGUUUUUAAUAUCCUG